AUGACGAUCAAAGACCAAUCCAGCGAUCGUAUCGUCCCACAGGUCAAUGCAUAUGUGCUGACGCUUCGACAAAACGCCGCUUGUCCAAAUUUACCAAGCUGGACUGAUAGUCAACGCAUCAACUCCACUAUGAAUGCCUGGUUUCCAAAUAUCAAGAACCUGCAGGGGAAGGCGGACGUUCCCGUGAGGGACAAGGAGUCUCGCAUGCUACUUCGCUCCUUGUUGGGCCUCGUGCAGCAAUCAAUAGGCCAGGUCGGGGCGGAUGUUAGCGUCACGCGACCAGGCAGGUCAUCCGUGGAAUUCCUUGUCAGCCCAAAAUUGCAACUCAACAUCAUACCAAAGCAUGAAGAUCAUCCCUCAACAAACCAUUGCGAGCAAUCACGAGCGCAGCUACUGCGGACCGUACUUCCGAUGCUGCAAAAGAUGGGAAUCGAUUUUGUACGGCGUAUGCAUGACAUCAAAGCAACUAGCGCCACCAACGACUGGAUGUCUGAUCCUGAAUUAGUCGCUCUGCAGACCAAACUCACACAACUACUCGACGGACUCCCGCGAGAACUGCAAUUUGACUGGCCCAAAGACGAUGCUCCACCCUGGUUGUUUAGCCAUUCAAUGGAGAGACACAUACCCGUUGUACCCUUAGCAUCAUCAUUCGCCACAGACCCCAACAAUCGACCUCAAGCGCUUUAUCUUCCAGCAACUAUAAAAGCCACACGUUGGGGUUGGAACCGCGAUAUCGUCAAUGACGAUGACGAUGACAAUAAAGACGGCAGAGAGUGGACCCAUCGCCCCAACACCAUAGGUGCGGAAGCUCCUCUGUUUCUUGGCGCAACGAAUACCGGAUGCGUGCGCGAAGCAGCAAGUGCAACCGUGGAGAUGCAUGCACCACCUGAGUUUCAAAAAAGGAAGAAGAUCGCCAAACACGCACCACCAGUACAAACCACGGACGGACCGAGGAGAUACCAUGUGAACCAGGAAUUGGCCAGGGUCGAGACCGUAGACUCCGCUAUGCUCGGCAAAGAUCACACCGGUAACGACAGAAGUCACCGGACGACCUACCCCCAGAAUCAUCACACCGAUCAACAUCCCCACGACCCGGACCCGAUUCAGGAUUCCUCCUCGAGCGAGACAUCGAGCCCUUACCGAGCAGACGGUCGCGCAUACUUGGCCCACGACCCUUAUACCCACGCGCGAGACGUCAUCAUGGACACAACCACCGAUCCAUCCAUCACAACCAACGAGACCAGCGUCUCCGACCCGAAACCGUCGCACACAGGACCCGAUCCGUCAGGAGCAAAGCGCCGAAGCAAGAAGGAGCUCCCCGGAGGAAGAUACCAUUCAGGAUCCGCCCAUGGAGCCGGAGACAUUACAAACCGGGGUGCGAAUCACAGCCGCCGGAGACAAAACUUGAUAAGCGAGGUGCGAUCCACCAGCACUCGAGGACGCAAAACACAAUCCUUUCACAGGGGCGAUCUCUUCUGCACGGACGACGGGAUUGAAUCCCGGCAUCCGACCGAAGUCGUACGAAGAACCGCUGGCCAAGUAGCAGGCCCUUGGAGAAGAGAAGGGUGGGGAAGAGGAGGGCUGUCAUGA